AUGAAUGACAACAAUCAAAAUGAUAUUGAAAAUAUUGAAUUAGAAAAAAAGAAUCUGGUUUUUAUAUUGGAGAUAGCAAAAUCAUAUAGUAUAUCAACAACUAAAUUAAAGAAAAUGGAAAUCAUUGAAAAGAUAAAAACAGUAGCUAAAAGGAAAAGAGAAUAUGAAGAAGAACAAAAGCAAAAAGCAAAUGUAAUUCAUUCAAUAAAAUUAUUAAAUUAA